AGGUCGAUAAACCGGCGGCCAUAUUGUCUACCAUAGCAACAGAAGUAAAUGGAAGAACGGUUGUAGGUGUUAUCCUUGUUUUUAUCCAAGAUAAUUUAACCACAGAUGAGGAUAUGCGCAUGACAGUACAGAUGAAGGGCUAAUGUAAUAUUCAGCUUAUUGAGAAAAAAAAGGCUCACAAAAAAAAAUAAAGAGAAAAAGCCAAGAUGUAUGACCGAGCACCAAGGGAUCUGGUGGCUCUAUAUGGAUCCACACCUCAUAAUGUGGGGCCAGGAUCUUAUGAUGCUGGACUUACUGGCAAGGGCAGAAUAAAAGCUGAUGGUUAUGCCCCAUUCUUGUCCAUGACCAGUAGAGAUGGAUUCUUUAAUGUCCGAGACCAGGUCGUUGCUGCCCCUGGACCAGGUCACUAUGAUCCAGCUCUUGCCCAAGAUAUGAUCAAGGGUGGUAAAACAUUGGCCAACAAGUCUAAGAGGUUUGCAGAUUCUGUCACAGAUAAUCCUGGCCCAGGAACAUACAGUGUUGAUAAAUACACAGAGUUCAGAGGAUCCAAGUCCGCACCAGCACCUGGCAGUAAGGACAAGGCUGGUUCACUGUUGACCAGCAGAAUCAAGUUUCACAGGAAGCCAGAGGCCCCCUCUAUCCCGAUGUCAGGUCAGGCAUACGGGUAUGAAGAAUGUGACGAUGGGACAUUGAAGAAACAGGCCCCUCCUGACCGUGAUGUUAGUCUGGGUCCUGCCUUCUACAAACCCAGCAAUGAUGAUACAAAACCUACAAAGAAUUACAAAGGUGUGCAUUUUGGAAAGUUGACAUCUAAGAGGUUAGACUUGAGCAUGGGUAAACACGGCCCUGGUCCAGGAGAGUAUGAACCUUACAGGGAACUUGUAGGAAAUGCUGAAAAUGUUAACGCAGAGGAACCACAACAUGUCAAGUUCGAGGCAAGGAUUCCUCGCUACCAUGAAGCCAUUGUCAAAGACGAAGAAAAAAGGGCUGUUCCGGGCCCUGGGAAAUAUGAUUCCAAAGGUCUGUUUGACCCAGAACCCCCAAAACUGAACACAGAAGGAAUCGAAGUUGAGCAUCCCCCCUUUAUGUCACAGUCCAAGCGAUUCACACCCCUAAAAGGUGGCAACCCAUCCCCAGGGAGCUACAAUGACCCUAGAAAUGCAUUUGAGUCCACAAAAAGGAUCACCGGUCUGAAGAGAAGCCCAUUUGGACAAACAUCCGUGAGAUUUACUCCAGGCCAAGUAACUAAGAAAGUGCCAGGUCCCGGAGCCUAUAACAUAACAGGUAUGGGUUCCGAUAGUAUGAGGAAAGCCUACAUUGAGAGCACGCGUAAAGGAGUGUUUGGUACCACGUCCGUCAGGAUCAAGACCAUGACUAAAAAGGACGAAGUGGAAAUCCCUGGCCCUGCCCACUACCAGGUCAAGGAGAAACCAUUCAAGAACAGGUACCCGAACCUGUCGUCAACCUUCGCCUCCGUGACCUCUCGCCUCACAGAGGCCCCUAGUGUCAUCAAGGAGUUACCUCCCCCUGGAUCAUACGAGGUGCAGAAUGCUUAUGAGAAAUCUCAAAUCAAGAGAGACCGAAUCAAGCCGAGGACAGAAAAUGCGAAGAAGAAGCAAGGAUCUUUCCUGUCAGCUGCCUCGAGAUUCGCUCCACCAAGGGAUGUGGUCAUCUCACAAAACGAUCCUGAAAAUCCGGGUCCGGGAGCGUACCAACAUAACGAUGCUAUCAAUAAGAAAGGUGGCCUGAUGGUGACCAAAGACAAGAGAUUCAAGGAGAUCAAGGCCGAGGGCCCAGGUCCUGGGUCUUACGAGUUUUCACCGCUGGUCCAGGAUACGGUUCUACAAGGAACAUUUAACGCCACCCUUAACAACCCUAUUGCCACGCAGGUGGAUACAGCUAUCCAUGCUACCAACUCCGCGAAACAUGCUUUCCUCCUAGGGGUGUGACCCGGCCCCCUAAAACACCCCUAAAAGACGUACUAUGAUACACACUAUUGGAAGUUAGCAACAAUUACAUCAGCUGUUGGGAGUAUUUGUGGAUGAAGAUGGGGCAUUUACUUUAAUUUGACGAGAAACUGUGAUAAGAUGAAACUGAAUUUGCUUUCAGUAAUGUCAGCUGAAAUUGCGAAAGUAAAAAUGUAUGAAUGGAAAAAUUACAUUAAAAUGUUAAAUGCUGAAAGUUAAUUUUGCUGAUGAAGUCUUUACUCCAGCGUUAGCGGUUUUUGCUGAGCAAUUAAAACUGCUGAGUUUGUAUAAUUUUACAUGACUUGUGUAUUAGAGAACUGCUCUCCUGUGAUAAAUCCUACUCUCUGAUAAUGUUCACAGAAUCGAGAAUUUUUGUCUUUUAAAUCCCAGGGUUUUAUAGCAUCCCAGUAAUGGGUUAUAUUAAAAGACACUUCAAGAAAUUUGUCGUUUUUUAUAUCACAAUGUUUUAAAUUGUGCUAGACACAAAUUUAUAAAUCUCUUUUAUGGCCACAAGUAUACUGACUAGUGACAUACUUCAAAUCUUAUAUUUAAAUCGUUUUCUAUUGCACAAAAAUAUUUUACAUUCCCAUAAAAGUCCAUUUCCCAUGUUGUGUAUGCAUUUCAUUGACAACAUGGUUCCUUAUUAACUCAAUCAGCCUUGUAAUUACGUUAUGUAUAUACAAGUUUCAUGUCUGUGAUAUUUUGUAUGAUUUUUAUGUUAGAUUAUAUUACUCUUGAGUAUCAUACUGUUAAUUAAACCAGUAUUUCUGACAUCCGUCCUUGGGAUGAGGGUUCGGCCAGAUUGUAGUUUCGGAUGCUGGCAUCACUAAUGUAUCAAUAGAGAAAAAUUACCACUUCAUGUGUACAUACAUACCCCUAUGGCACCUCUAUUUUUCAAAACCAAAACUUUUCCGUAAUAUAUAAUCAAAAUUUUUUUGAAAUUCAAACAAUUUUAGAAUUUUAAAACAAAAAAUAAGAAUAAAAUAGAUAAAUGGAAUGUGAAGUAUCUGUAUGAUAAAAAUUGAUGUAUUCAUCGUAGUGUGUCUCUGACAGUAAAAUUGGUUGAAAGAGUAUACUUGACUGUGGGAGUCAGUCCAGUCAUCCUUCAACAGUUCAUCUGUUUGUGCUGUGCAGGUAUUUCAAUCUUUGUUGGACAAUAUUAGCCCUAUUACAUAUUAUAUUUGUAUUUUCCUAUGAAAAAGGGAAAAAAUAUGGAUUAAAUAAAGGAUGAAUUUGAAAUAAAA